AUUUUUUUCGCUUGUUCGAAUUCCUUGUAUUUGAGAUUUGUCCCUUUUUGUUUAUUUUGAUUUUAAAUUCAAUUUUGAUAAUGGAUGUCGAAGAGGAUAAAUUCUUCGGUUUGUGCAAAUGUUGUCUUCAAGACGGCUGCUUCAGGAACUUGUGGGCUGAACAUGAGGACAAUGGGGUGGUGCAAAAUUAUGGGGAAAUGCUCAACGAAUGCUUUUCGUUACAAUGGCCGAAACCUGACAACUUUCAUUUGGAGCAGAUCUGCGAGGAGUGCUCCAAGCGCACAAUGGAUGCUUAUAGCUUCCGACAGCUGGUCCUGUCGAGUCACAAGCAGCUUGUGUCCUGUGCUGAGCAGCCGUCUGAAGUUACAGAAGUUCUUGAUUCUGAAUCAGGAGAAAUAACCCUGAUUGUGAAAGAAGAGGCUUAUGAUGAAGAAACUGAAGAAAUGGGGGAAUAUGAAGAAAUUGGAGAAUUUGAAGAAGUGGAGUAUUUAGAGAUGGAAGAGGAGAGAGAAUACAAAGUGGAUGUACUGAACGUGGGGGCUCAGCACACUCAGCAGGAACAACUUGUUGAUGACCCGGAGUAUUACCCGGAAGUGCCCAUUAAACAGGAAACAAGAUGGCGGCCGAAGAAGAAAAGAGGCGAGCGCAAGCGUACAUACAAGAACUACACCAACGACGACUUGAGGCAGAGCUUUGAGGCGGCAAAAAGCGGUCGCAUGACGGUCGCAGAGGCGGCCGCCGCCUUCAACGUGCCGCGCAAGACUGUCGCCGCGCGGUUACUCAACGACAGGAGAGGCAUUCCUAUAGCCUCGAAGUCUGAGAAAGACGACGGUCUGAUGAAGGAAGUGAAGACCCUCUUAACUUACACCAAUAUGACGCCAUACAAGACCCGUACGGCGCACUACCACUGCGCUUACUGCGGCACGGAUGGACCCCUGUUCGAGGACACUGACGAGUUACGGACCCACACAAGGACGCAGCAUGCAGACCUGUUCGGCGCACCACCACUGCGCUUACUUCGGCACGGAUGGACCCCUGUUCGAGGACACUGA